AUGAGCCGGUUCGACAUGGACGUCGUCGAGCUCGAGAUGGACGACGAGCUGUUCAACACCCCGAACUCGAAGACCGGCACGGAGGACGGCGACGGCCUCGAGCGCGACUCGGACGCGUCCGAGAUCGAGGCGAUCGCGCGGAGGUCGCCGUCGCCGAUGAAGUCCUCGCACGUCGUGCACGUGCGUCACCCGAAGCUCAGCUUCAGGGCGCCGCUGCCGCUCGCGGAGGAGACCGCGUCGUCGGUGGCCUCGCGCGCGCGCGCGGAGGAGGUCGCGCGGCGCAGCGCGAGCGCGGGGAAGCCCGAGGUGGUCGGAUCGUUGAUGGGCGACGACGACGAUUCUUCGUCUUCGUCUUCGGACGACAGCGACGAGGACGGCGAGGUCGAGCGGUUCAAGGAGCGCAUCGGCGUGUCUCCCGCGGCGGCGGCGAAGAAGCCGGCGUCGCCCGACGCCGCGCCGACCGCGGUCGUCUCCGCGAAAAUCGCGAAGGACGCGCGCGGGGAGGACGACAUCGAAUUCGACCUCCUCGUGGACGACGACGACGACGACGCCGCCGCCGCCGCCGCGCCGUCCUCGGGCGACGCCGCGAUCGACGCCAUCGACGCGAUCGAGGCGAGGUACAAAGCCGAGGAAGCGUCCAGGCGCGCGACGGACAAGCUCGCGGAGAAGUUCCGAGACAGGCAGAUGGAUUUGGAUCUGGGUUUGGGCGACCUCGACGUCGACGUCGACGUCGCGGCGGCGGCGUCGAGCGCGGCGGGCGCCGACGACUCCGACGACGAGUUCGACUACGCGUUCAGAGGCGAGGCGAGGACGGGCGAGACGCACAAGCCGUCGUUCGAGGCGAAGGCGAUGCCGAAGGAGCUCGUGACGGACGUGAAGAAGAUGCCGCUGACGUCGUUCGCGGAGGAGGAAGAGGAGGAAGAGGAGGAGGAGGAAACGCCGGCGAAGGCGCCGGCGACGGCGACGGCGGCGGAGCUCGAGGAAGCGGAGCAGGAGGCUGCCUUCGAAGAGGCCACGCAGAAGCACAGCGCGCUAGAGGCCGCGAUUAAGGUCCAGCGAGCGAAGGAGGUCGUGAAGAAGAAAGCGCGCGGGCGGAUCAGCGUGACGAAAGGGGAGGACGCGGAGGCGGAGGCGGCGGCGGCCAUCGUCGCCGCCGCGGAGGCCAAGGAACGCAAAGCCGCGGAGACGAGGGCGAAAGAAGAAGCCGCGAAGAACCCGCCGAAGAAGAAGCCGUUGUACGUGAAGCCGUCCACCUCGAAGAAGAAGCUCGGGAAGCUCACGGCGCCGCCGCCGCCGGAUCCGGAGCCGGUGGACGAGUGGGCGAGCGCGAACGAGGCGUUCGAGAAGGCGGAGGCGAUGGCGGAGUCGCGGCUCGGGCAAAAGCAAAAAAGUCUGUCCAAGGCGCCGAUAUCGUACGCGGACGCGAAGGCGUACUUCGACCACGUCGACAUCGCGGAAUACCUCCCCACGAUCGUCGUCGCGGACGAGCCCAAGUGCUGCGGCGGCGGCUCGAAGCUGACGGACGAAGCGCUGAAGAGGGACCGCGCGCGGAUGUUCUCGGUGGCGAAGAUGAAGCUCGACGAUCACGACGCGACGCACCUGCGCGUCUUACGCACCGUCUACGCGCGCCUCACCGGCGCGUCCACGCCCGCGGCGCGGUUCGGGAAGCACUGGGAGGACGUCGGGUUCCAAGGGAACGACCCGGGGACGGACUUGCGAGGGUGCGGGAUGCUCGGGAUGGCGCAGCUGUUGAUGUUUGUAGACGCGCACGCGUCCAACGCGGGGGCGAUUUACGAGCUGUCGCGCGACGCGGCGCAAGAAUUCCCGAUGGCGCCGCUGUCGAUCAACUUGACGCACAUCGCGCUGAAGGCGGUCAGGAAAGGGCUUUUGAACGCGCGCGCGAAGGCGCUCGGGAGCGUGUGGAAGGCUGCGGACCAGUUUUACGUGGGCGCGUUCAUAGAGUUUUACGACCGCUGGAAAGAGGGCGAGUGCACGAUGCGAGACAGCGGGUUCGUGAAGGCGGCGCUCGAGGAGUAUUUGCUGUCGAGGAAGGGGUGUAAGACGGCGCUGAAGUUGGCGUCCGAGCGGGAUCUCCGCGCCGACCGCGGCGCGCGCGGGAAGAAGGAGGAGGACGAGGAGGAGCUGACGUUCGCGGACAUUUGA